AUGACGCAGGAUACACUCCCUCAAAGGUCUUCAGAAAUUGUUCAACACGCCCAUCACACAAACUACCCAGCAGUUGAAAAUAACUUCGAGCCCGAGCUUUCAAAAUCUGGACAGCAGUCUUCACAGACGUCAACAAACACCGUGCAGAAGACAUAUAGGUAUCUUGAAUGGAGCACACUGCCCAGCGAUAUUUACCCAUUUCCCGAGAGGCUUCCAGCCUCAGUGAUGAAGCAGACCGACCCUUUCACAUGGAAAAAAGAGCAUAAGAGCAUGAUAUUGGCAUUGGCUUGUUUUUCAACAGGGAUGACGGCGUACGCUGCAGGGGCUUAUACAAGUGGAAUUAGCCAGAUGUCAGAGGAAUGGGGAGUUGGCAGGACUGCAUUGUGUACGGAAGAAGACAAGUUUUUCUAUGGACAUUCGGAUUAUUCAACAUAUGCCACCUUUCAUCUGCACUUUGUCAUAGCUAUCCAGAUCUCAGGUCGUAAUAUGCUUGCCGGAUGUUUCCCCUUGGUUACGAACGCAAUGUUUCAUCGUAUGACCUUUGCAGGGGCCUCAAGUUUUCUUGGGGGAGUUGCGGCAUUGUUAACAAUUGUGCCAUGGGUCUUGGUAUUCUUCGGAACUAGGAUUAGAGCACGGAGUGCGUUUGCUAAGGAAAUCAUGGCAAUUUAA